AUGAAGUUAGGAGCUUUGUGUCUUCUUCUACUGUAUGGACUCAUUGGGUCCUACGCGCAGCCACCAUGCAGCCUGAUAACACCCAACGUGCUGCAUUUGGACAACAAAGAGACCAUUAUAGUAGAUGGACAUGGUUCUGCGUUUGAUGCUGAAAUCAUAAUCCACGAUUUUCCCCUAAAGAAAUUCACUUUUGUUUCAACCAACAUCUCUGUCAACAGCAAUAACCGGUACUUUGGAGAUGUUAAGUUGACGAUCCCUUCUAAUAAUUUGGAGAAAAACCCAAAUAAGAAACAGUUUGUUUACGUCACUGUAAAGUCUGCUACUUGCUCUCUGGAGAAAGCUGUCCUGGUGUCCUUUCAAAGUGGAUAUCUAUUCAUACAGACUGACAAACCCAUCUACACCCCAGGAUCUACAGUUCUAUACAGGAUUUUUACCGUGACUCCAAAACUAAAACCAGUGAGCAAACCGGUGAUCAUUGAAUUUCUGACUCCAGAAAAUGUCAUUAUUAAAAGAGAUCUAAUUCAACAAUACACCAAAACUGGAAUCAUAUCCAUGUCUCAUAAACUGCCUGAUCUUGUAAGUUUUGGACUAUGGACCAUAUCAGCAAAGUUCGAGGACGCUUUGAUGCAGAAUUAUACCGCACAAUUUGAAGUGAAACAAUAUGUUCUACCAAGCUUUGAAAUAAAAGUGACCGCAUCUCAGAAAUUUUUCUACAUUAACGACGAAGAACUAAGGGUGGACAUAGAGGCAACCUAUCUCUAUGGUGAACCUUUUAAAGGAAAAUCCUUUGUGGUCUUUGGACUCAAGAGAGACAAUGAGAAGAAAAGUUUGCCAGAUACUCUGAGGAUAGUAGAUAUAAACGAGGAUGUUGGUUCUGCCGUUUUGAAAAGAGAGGACUUGGUGAAGUACUUUCCAGAAGAGAGAGACAUGUUACAAUGGACCUUAUUUGUGUCUGUUACUGUCAUUACUGAUUCAGGCAGUGAUAUGGUGGGAUAUGAGCUGGAUAACAUCUUCAUUGUGGAAUCUCCCUAUAAAAUUCUCUACACAAAAACAUCCAAGUUUUUCAAGCCCGAAAUGCCAUUUGAUCUUACGGUGUUUGUCACUAAUCCUGAUGGGUCUCCAGCUCAUAGUGUCCCUGUUAUAGCAGAACCAGGAAAUGUCAGAGGAACAACUCUGGAAGAUGGAACUGCUCGGCUGACUCUGAAUACUCGUUCAGACAUAAACCUGCUGCAGAUAACAGUGUCCACAGCAGAUGAAAAAAUACCCAAGGAAAAACAAGCUUCUGCCACCAUGGAAGCCUCUGCCUACAGAUCCAUUGGUGGCAACUACUUACAUCUUGGAUUCACAGGAGGAGAACUGAAACUAGGAGAGAAUGCAGUGAUUAACUUUAUUAUCCGGAACAAUGACAAUGCCGUUCAAAACCAGAUCACCCAUUUCAACUAUGUGAUAAUGAACAAAGGAAGAAUAAUGAAAGUGGGGACACAGGCGAGGGAGAAGGGCCAAACUCUUCUAACUAUGUAUUUGCCAGUAACAGAAGAAUUUGUCCCUUCAUUCCGCAUUUUGGCAUACUAUACCGUGACCACUAGAGCAGGUCGGGAAAUUGUGGCUGACUCUAUUUGGAUUGAUGUGGCUGAUACCUGUAUGGGGACGCUUGUAAUAACAGGAGAUAAGUACAAAGACAAUGCUGUUCAGCUGCCUGGAGCCUCUAUGAAGCUGAAACUACAAGCAGACCAUAAAGCUACCGUUGGACUGGUGGCUGUGGAUAAAGGUGUCUAUGAGAUCAACAAUAAACUAAAGAUCUCCCAGCGAAAGAUCUGGGACUUGGUGGAAAAAUAUGACAUUGGUUGCACACCAGGAAGCGGAGCCAAGGCACCAGGAGUGUUUUAUGAUGCUGGCCUUGCCCUGGAAACAAGCUUCAGCAUGGCAACUCCUCAUAGAUCAGAGCCUUUAUGUCAACCAAAUCUGAAGCGUAGGAGACGUUCCUCAGGUCUGGUGAUUCAAGAACGGAACAAAAGAGGUGAUGAAAAUAAGGAAUUUAUUGAUGAUUCUAAGAAAUUGUCUCGGACGCAGUUCCCAGAAAGCUGGCUCUGGUACACAGAGGUAAUGAAUGAAGCGCCAAAUGCCAAAGGCAUCUCCACCAAGUUUCUUCCUAUUUUCUUAAACCAUUCGAUCACCACAUGGGAGGUUUUGGCUGUAAGUCUAUCUGACAGUAAAGGUAUCUGUGUGUCUAAACCUCACAAUAUUGAGGUGAGAAAGGACUUCUUCAUUGAUUUGAAGCUUCCAUAUUCUGUGGUCAGACAUGAACAAGUAGAAAUACGGGCUAUUCUCUACAACUACCAGAACAUUUACUUAAAGGUACGUGUACACUGGACCUACAAUGAACACGUUUGCGGUCUCUCUACUGACAAGAAGUACCGUCAAGAAGUGUCAAUUCCACCUUCCUCCUCAGUGGCUGUUCCAUUUAUCAUUGUGCCACUUAACUUGGGAUAUCAUGACAUUCAAGUGAAGGCAGCUGGACAGCAUGUGUCUGAUGUUGUAAAGAAAAUGCUAAAUGUUGUGCCGGAAGGAAGACGUCUGACACAGACCGUGACAUCAGUUGUUUUGGAGCCAGAACUAAAAGGAGGAGUACAAGAAGAGCUGAUCUCAGCAGUAAAUCCCCAAAAUAUUGUUCCCAAUACACAAUUUUCCACCAUCAUAACCAUCCAAGGAAGCCCAAAAAAAUCUAUUGAUGGUGGCAAUCUGACCCACCUAAUCAAUGCUCCAAGUGGAUCUGGCGAGGGAAACGUGAUAACUAUGACGGCUCCACUGAUAGCCACACAUUACUUGGAUGUCAGUAACCAAUGGGAAAAAAUAGGACUUCAGCGCAGGGAUCAGGCCAUUCAGUACAUCAAAAAUGGUGUAGCUCAACAAUUGGCAUACGUGAAAGCAGAUGGUUCAUAUGGUGACUUCAUUUAUACACCUUCUAGCCCAUGGCUCACUGCUUAUGUAGUCAAAGUAUUUUCCUUGGCUUCAAGUAUGGUCGAUGUUCAGAAAAAUGUGAUAUGUGAUCCAGUAAAGUGGCUCAUUCUACAUAAACAAUAUCCAGAUGGGGCAUUCAGAGAGUAUUAUCCUGUCUAUCACCAAGAGAUGAUGGGUGGCAUAAAAAGAUUUGCUAUUGAGUUGGAAUAUACUGUUACAGCCUUCGUCCUCAUCGCCAUGGUAACAAGUGAACAAACCUGUAAAGACCAAGUUGGCUAUCUACCUAGAAGCAUUGAAAAGGCUGUACAAUUUAUAAACUAUGGUUAUCACUCCCUGAAGAAACCCUACUCCAUCGCCAUCACUUCCUAUGCACUGGCUAAGGCUGGCAAACUCAAGGACUCCAGGAUACUUAUGGCUGCAUCUACAGAUAACACCCACUGGAAUGAACCAGGCUCCAAUCUGAUAACCAUUGAGGCUACCUCCUACGCACUUCUUACUCUUUUGAAGUUGAAGGAGUUUGAGAAGGUUGAACUACUGGUUAAAUGGAUAACCGAACAGAGAUACUAUGGGGAGAUUUCGGGAUCCACACAAUCCACUAUGAUGCAGUUCGAAGCUCUUGCUCAGUACUACAUAGACAUACCAGAUAUACCAGAUGUUAAAGUCUUGGAAAUGGAUGUCUCCUUUCAUCUCCCUGGAAGAUCCAACAGUACAACUCAUCAUCUCAAUCUUGAAAACGCCUUGCUCGCACGGUUAGAACAGACGAAUGUACUUGGAGACUUUAUAGUCAGAGCCAAAGGGAAAGGUCAAGCCACUUUGACGGUAUUAUCUGUCUAUUAUGCUUUUGAGACAGAAGAAGAGAGAAAAUGCAACAACUUCUAUCUGUCCGUGACAAUUCAGGAGGAACCUGAAUAUAAGAGACCUAAAGAGGCCUAUUCUACUGUUUCUGUUACCAUUUGUACCAGAUUUCUUAAGGACCAAGAUGCCACCAUGUCCGUCAUUGAUAUGUCUAUGAUGACUGGUUAUGCCCCAGCUAUAAAUGAUCUCAAUAAGCUUAAAAAAGGAGUGGACAAAUACAUCUCCAGCUUUGAGAUCAACAAAGGCGCACUUGAUAAAGGCACAUUGAAUCUGUACCUUGACCGGAUUUCCCAUACUGAGGAAGAAUGUCUGAAAUUCCACCUUCAUCAGUACUUUCAAGUAGGACUUAUUCAACCUGGAUCUGUCACAGUGUACGAUUAUUACACUCCAGAAAACUACUGCACUAAACCCUACCACGUGGGUGAAGGCAACAAAUCUCUGAGCAAAAUCUGUAAAGGAGAUGUUUGUCGCUGUGCAGAAGAGAACUGCUUUAUGCAGCAGCAGCUAGAUAACGUGAAGGCUGUUGAUCGAUUAAUUAAAGCUUGUGAACCUGAUGUGGAUUAUGUCUUUAAGGCAACACUAAUGGACAUUGAGAGGAGUGAGAACUAUGACACCUAUGUCAUGUCAAUUACUACAGUCAUGAAAGAGGGAACGGAUGUGGAUGUUACUAAUGAGAAACGCAAUUUUAUCAGCCAUGCCAAAUGUAAAAAAGGCUUAAACUUGGAGAAAGGCCUAGACUAUCUAAUCUGGGGUGCAAGCAAAGAUCUGUGGCAUACUGCGAAUGGAUAUACCUACAUGAUAACCAAGGACACGUGGAUUGAGAUGUGGCCAAGUAACCGUGAUUGCCAGAAGCCUGAGUUUGCUAAACGCUGCAAUGAAUUUUUCUUGUUUGUUGAUGAGCUGGAUUCCAACAGAUGCAUCCUUUGAAUUAUUUUGGAUUCCUCGACCCUCAUCCCCAUCUUCAGAUUCUCACUGAACAUUCCAAUUUUAUAUUCUUGUUAUAAAUGCUAAGAAUAAAUACAUCAAUAAAGGCUACUCCUGCCGAAUGGUUUCACAUCACUUAUUAUAUUAUUCAUGAACUGCAUUCCUCAUUACAUCUUCUAA